AUGGAAACUUUUUCUGCAAAAUCAAAUAAGAGAUCCAUAAGUUUGCCAUCCAGAUCACAUCCAGCUACUCAAAAGAUUGAAGAAGAGCUCAACAAGUUCAAGACUUGGGAAUUCUCUGCUUCACCAACUGCAGAAGCUGUCUACAAUGGUCUACUUGGUUUGGGGGAGGUGCAUAAGUGUAUGGGUGAUCUUCUUAACUUGCCCCUUACCCUUCAAGCACUUUCCCAGUGCCAAAAUAAGAAAUGGGUUGAUGACAUCUUGGAUAAAUCUGUUAGAUUUAUGGAUAUAUGUGGCACAACAAGGGAGCUAGUGUCACAGUUUAAGGAAAAUGUUAAAGAUGUUCAGUCUUCACUGAGGAGGAGAAAGGGAGAUUUGAGCAUGGAAGCCAGCAGCACUAACUACACUUCAUACAGAAAGAAGAUGAAGAAAGAUGCUAAAAGUUUAAUUACAGCUUUGAAGAAAAUGGAUCAUGAGGAAGUGGUUGCUGUAAUGGAGUUUGAUCAACUUGUCUCAGUUGUUAUCAGAGUGUUAAGAGAAGUUACCACAAUGGGAAUUUCAGUAUUCCAAAUGGUGUUGGUUUUCUUGUCAGUCCCAAAUUCUAAGCCAGUUUCCAGAUGGUCUUUGGUUUCAAGAUUGGUGCACAAGGGAGAUCAAGACAAUGUAAAUGAGAUAGAAAGCGCUGAUGUUGCGUUAAGCAGCCUUUGCAGGUGUGGUUCUAAUGAAGUGGAGAAGAUCCAGUUUGUGCAGAGCAAAUUGGAAACUGUAGAAGCUCAUUUUGAAAGCAUUGAGAAUGGUCUCAACAACAUCUUUAGAUGCUUGAUUAGAUCAAGAAGCUCACUCCUAAAUGUUGUCUCUUGCCAAUGA